CAGGGGCUGGGUGCCGAGAUUUUCAGCUCUUCGCCGGCGGCUCAGUGGCUCGGCUCCACACACACACACCCACACACACACAUUCACUCACUCACUCACCAACACACGGCAUUGACUCUGCGUGUGCGUGCUUGUGUCUCGCUGGGCCCACUCUCAACUUCACACCUGCCCUCACGUCGAGCAUGAACACGAGAGUGUGUACAAGUUACGAGUGCCACAGCCUGAACGUACAAGCCCUGGGCAUGCGAGCACCGGCAUGGCCCUAUCUCGGCGGGAGGCAAACAUCUUGGGACCACCGACUCAGGGACACAACCAACGGGAGCCCACACGGUGUCUCUCAGAUCGUGUCCCAAGGAAGAAGGUCAUACAAAGACAGCCUCAGAGGGCUGUGCCACCGGGAGUGUGCAUCAAAGUCCAUCUGGUAUCGCCUCCGGCUGUUACGCCCCGGCUCGUCCGUCCAGGGCUGAGGACACCUCGCUCCCUACGAGGCCAGAACCUGUGACACCAGCUCGAGAUUCGGGCUCGGGGUCAUCGACGAAUCGACGAGCGGUGUCUAGCCAUCCAUGGCCACCAGCGGCCAGCCGCGUCCGCUGGCACACACGUGAAAUUUCUCCAUGGAGUCGUGUGUCCCCAUGCCCCGUAGCAUGUUCCAUCCGAGCCCUCCAGGUCAGCAGGCAGUGGGUCCCAGGGCAUCAGAGACCCACCACCGCCCACCACAAGGCCAGGGAACGGGGAUAGAAGAGGCAGUAUCAUGCCUGCCUUCGCCCUGGGGCACACGAUGGAGAACAGGUUGGGGCUCGUGUCACGCCGCACCGCACUCGACUUGGACCAGGCUCUUGUGGUGCGUCUGUGUGUGUAUGUGUACGUGUGUAUACGUGUGUGUCAUCGUGUUUGUUUAUGUGUCUGAGCCAGCCGGCCUAAUCGCCGGUGCUUCUCCCCUUCCACGGCCCUCGAGGACGAGGCCAAGGGGGGGCCCCGGGGGUGGCCAUCUCGCCGGCCCUGCCCAAUUGGAAGCACGAGGCAAGGGAUUACGGCCGAGAAGUCCCCAGCCCAGGCGCCUCCAUUCGACCUGGGCUGUCUCGUAGGGCCGACUCAGACACUCUUCCUGCCGACCUCAUAGGCCGUGUGCUGCCGUAUGCAGGUUUUUGAGUGGGAACGUCCUCGUGUGACGCUUCCCGUCCUGCCCGCGGCACUUGCUGACGGGGCCCCCAAGCCGGCCUGGUGGUUCCGGGGGCCAGGCAGGAACGGUCGGCCCCUGGAUCUUGGAGAGGACGGGCCCGCCUGGCCCGGAGAACUGAUGCUCAGAGCUUUCUGGACGCAGGCGUGUAAUCUCGGCGCCAGCUUUUGUGCCCAAUGGCAUCCUGCUUGCACGGAUGUGAUGACCUCGAUACGGCCCGUUCUCGAGCCUUGUUGCGACUCUACUGACUCGACGGCCGCUGACCUAAGAGGAUUGGUCCAGAUUGGUCGAACGUGAUGCAGGUUGCUCCAUAGGAAGGAAAACCUCUCAGGUCUGUUUACCCGGUUGAUUCACCGACCCGGGGCGGGUGGCACUGCGACGUUCGAGUCGCUGGAUGAUCAACUGCCCUGCUCCAACGGAGACAUCCACAAUAUCGGUGCCAGCACGAAACACAACCGAGCCUCGUCUCGAGCACCAGCCAACAGAAAACACUCCAAGAUCGACGUCGUGACGUCGAGUGCCUCUUGACGUGCGGCCCCACUGAGGGGCGGCCAAAGGUGUGUCGUCUGGUUCGCUCAGGCUGAAGAUUUACCAUUUUUGGCAGAAGCUUCAUCUCCGGGAAUAAGAGAUCGCCGCCGAGCGAGAGGGCUGAGAGGGCGGCAGGGUGGGUCAUCUCGCCCGGCCUCCCACUCUGCCGCUCACCCCCUCCAGCCCACUGCCCCUCCCCAUCAUCCGCCUUGUCCGGACAAUGUCCAUGUACGCCAUCGCGGGUACCCGAGAGAAGCGGCAGACAACCUCCACGCCGAUCACGGGCUGAGUAAGCUGUUGGUCAGUCAGUCAGUCAGUCAGCCAGGCGGGUCAGAAAUAGCUCAACGGUGUUGAGCCUCAACUGCUAGUAUCGACCACGCUGCCAGCCGACGUCCCAGGACCAUGGUACAAGAGCUGAACGAAGCGAGGAGCCGGCUAGCUGCUGUACGGACGGGGCGGGCGGGCAUACGGGGCGGUCGGCAGGCAAGCAGACGGAUAAAACCACCAGAGACAUUGCCAUACACUGCUGGCUCUGUCGUGGCUUGCGGUGGCUGCCGCCGGUCAGAGGUCGCGCCGCGUGCACCACCAUGGCAUCACUGAUGGCUGCCAUCGAGACGGGAGGAAUAUGCGAUCACCGAUCACGUUGGCGAUCCCUUCAUGCACAUGGCGCAGCUGAAGCCAUGCGCGUGAUACCCGCCGUUCCCUGCCCCCCCCCCCCCAGGACCGGCGGGCAGCAUCUGUACCUGCGGCCCUGGCAGGCGAGUCCGGGGCGUUGGAGGUGCACACAUAGUCUACAGACCCUACAGACAACGUGUUUCUGCUGCAGUGAAUCCCCCCCCCCUCCUCUUCUGGGCUGGGCCGCAGCAAGCCGGGGAAGGGAGCUUCAUCUGGCACGGGGGGCCGGUGGACCGGUCUCCGAGACUGGCGUUGCUUUGUGCUUCUUUUUUGGUCACUGCUCUCUUUUUUUACAUCCUUCGGGAUAUCUCGACGCGGGGGCAGGGUGAAGGGCUGGCCGUCUUUGCAUAUCGCGACGAACCUGUCCCCCGACGGUACCGAAGUCUAUGGGGACGGCAGACGUAAGCUUGUCAUUUCGGUUCGACCAGGCCGACACAAGCCAUGUAGGCAAGGUAGGUAGGUAUCUAACCCUCCUCAGUGAUGACACACAUUAUACAGUACCCGCACCCACACACACACACACACCCCCCAUCUCGCCAGGCUGUGCCUCUCUUCUGCAGCUGCCCCUGCAUGUGUUGCACAGGGCCUGAUGUCUAGUGUAGAGUGCGAGCUGUUUUUCC